AUGACGGUGGAGCUUCAGCCACGUAUCGAUGGCCUUCUUGCUUCAUCUCCGCUUGCACCGCAUCGGCAUUUCUGCAUGUUACCUAGGGAAAUGCAGUCUGUAGUGCCCUUCAAGAGCUGGUACGUUUCAAACUACUGCAACGAGGAACAUUUGCUUGUGCUGCUACGGUUGCAACGGUGUUGGCCUUCUUUACAGCGUGCGAUCACAAUUUACUUUAAGAUUUGGAGCUUUACGGGUGAGACGGAAUUUUACACGGCCUUCUUCUCCACGAUGGCAUGGCUUGGCUUAUGGCAGGAGGAGCUGAAUAUGAUGGUGUUAAUGUGUCUAGGUCAAUAUAUAACUGGGACGUUGAAGGACGCGGCGGGGUGUCCACGGCCGCCAUGGCCACCAGUAGAGCUUCGUGGACGAACGAAUGCCUCGAUGGAGUACGGCUACCCAAGCACUCACUCUUCCAGCAGUCUUCUCUUUGCGUAUUCUGUGUACAAUUUUUUGAUUCUUCUUUUUCCCAACCAUCCCGUGGCCUGCUCAGUGGCCUGCGUCGUGUUUAUCGUCAAUGUCAGCUUGUCGCGUCUGUUUCUAGGAAUGCAUUGGCCUGCAGAUAUUGUGGCUGGAUUUGGCGUGGCGGGGUUGAUUAUCUUGUCCCACGUUGCCUUCCUGCGGUCUUGGAUUCUAGCCAUCGCUUCGCUGGCCACCGUGGAGGUGUGGCACUAUCUGUUGGCCAUUCUUGUCGUGCAGGUGCUAGCCGUGUCUCACGCUGCACCUCGCGAAUUUUGCCCGUGCUACUUGGACAGCCUGCGCUUCCUUGGCGCAACGCUAGGAGCUCUCUUUGGAGAAUGGACCUUUUACACACAGUACGGCACGCACGUGGCUGGAGCAUCGUCUGACGACUUAUACGGAACGCUCUUUUCGUGGAAAUUUUUGGUGCAAUAUAUAUCUUGUUUCUUUGUGCUUGUGAUUGGGAAGACGGUAACCUCGUUCGUCGCCGCUCCCGUCCUUCGCCAUUUUUUUUGCUUUGCUUCGCGGGGCGCUGCACCGAAUCGUCCGUGGCUGUGGCGACAAGUAAGGGCCGUGGUGUCGGACGCCGUGCGUCGUGCGUACUGGAUUCCCCCUUGCGAAGCGCCGACUGCGGGUGUCGCGCAACAACAUUGGGAGGCGCCAAGCGCCGACUCUGCAUGCCAGUCGGGCUGCGUGAUAACAGCGGCGUCGACGGUGGAGAUCCCACUGCCGCAUACGUGCGAGGCGGACACGACGCCGCACAACUCCGUACAGUUGUGGUCCCCACGCACGCACCGUCACUGGUGGCUGUGGGAGGCGCACAGGUGCACCGUCGUCUACUUCGUGGUAGGGUUCAUGACCAUGUACGUCUGCCCGGUCAUACUGCGUGUCUUUUUUCGUGGAAGUUAA